AGAAACUUUUUUGUUUACAGUGAAGAUCAGCCCAUCUACAUGGCAGUCAAGGGGGUGGUGUUCGAUGUCACUUCUGGAAAGGAGUUUUAUGGACGAGGAGCCCCCUACAACGCCUUGACCGGGAAGGACUCCACCAGAGGGGUGGCCAAGAUGUCCCUGGACCCUGCAGACCUCACCUAUGACACUACGGGCCUCACGGCCGAGGAGCUGGAAUCCCUGGAUGAGGUCUUCACCAGAGUGUACAAAGCCAAGUACCCGAUUGUCGGCUACACGGCCCGAAGAAUCCUCAAUGAGGAUGGCAGCCCCAACCUGGACUUCAAGCCUGAAGACCAGCCCCACUUUGACAUAAAGGACGAGUUCUGAUCGGCAGGAGCUUGGCCCUGCGAAGGGGAGGCGGGGAGACCCUCCAACACAAGAUCUUCUGCAAAACAGGCAGUCGGAGCCCCGGGUCACCACCGGCUCUGAAUAAAGCACACGUUUCACCUGGAAUGCUGAAUGGCUCUCAUCGCCCUGGGUCAAGUGUUCUGUUCACCCAGGUGCCCUGCCUGCAUGCCAGCCGGGGAGGUCAUGGGGGCCGAGGGGGGACGCCUCCUGGGUGUCAGCAGGGCUUCGUGGGCAGUGGAAUUACAGGUGGCCUUCUUCUUUAUAUUGUUCUAUACUUGUCAGAUUUUCUACUGUGGCCGUGUGUACUUAAAGCACCAAAAUAAACUUCCUGUUUUCACGAAAGGAGAA